CGAUUUAUAUUCGAAUCGAUUUUAAGCUUUUCUUCGAAAAUAUUUAGUAUAUUUUGCGAUUUCGAAGAGCGUAUUUUUAAAUACAACAAGAGGCCACCCUAAUCAAUACCACUAAUCGUGUGGCUUGUGAGUUGACAAAAAAUUUUGUAGUUGAAAAAUAAUUUGUAUAUUGAGAGGAAAAAGUACAAGACUGAUUAACAAUGAGCGACGGAGCAGGAAAUUGGUGUCUAAUAGAGAGUGAUCCGGGAGUAUUUACGGAACUGAUACGCGAAUUUGGCUGCGAUGGUGCACAAGUGGAGGAGAUCUGGAGCCUAGACAGCGAAUCAUUCAAAGACUUAGAGCCAAUACAUGGCCUGAUAUUCCUGUUUAAAUGGGUUCAGGAGGAUGAGCCGGCUGGCAAAGUGGUGCUCGACCGGGAUCAUAUUUUCUUUGCCAAGCAGGUGAUUAACAAUGCGUGUGCGACACAAGCUAUACUCAGUUUGCUGCUCAAUUUGAAUCACGAGGACAUCAAGCUGGGCGAGACACUGACGAAUUUCAAGGAGUUCUGCCAGUGCUUCGAUCCCUACAACAAGGGAUUGACGCUGAGCAAUGCAUCCCAAAUACGCACCGUGCACAAUUCGUUUGCCCGCCAAACGCUCUUCGAGCUGGACAUGAAGAAUCAAAACAAGGACGAGGAUGUCUAUCAUUUUGUGGGCUAUAUGCCAAUUGCUGGACGUCUGUACGAGCUCGAUGGACUCCGCGAGGGACCCAUUGAUCUAGGCGAAAUUAAGACAGGCCAGAAUUGGAUUGAUGUGGUCCGGCCCAUUAUUGAGAAGCGUAUGCAGCGCUAUAGCGAUGGUGAAAUCCAUUUCAAUUUGAUGGCCCUGAUUUCCGAUAGACAGCGAAUCUAUGAGCAGCAAAUUGAGAAACUACUGCAUCCAGCUGACAAUGCCAUGGACACAGAGGACGAUCGUCAGACUGAAAUCAACAGCCUUCGCUCCUACAUACAAUAUGAAAUCGAAAAGAAGAAGCGAUAUAAGGUGGAGAAUGUGCGACGCAAGCACAAUUAUUUACCCUUCAUUGUGGAGCUGCUGAAGAUGCUGGGCGAGACCGGUCAACUGCUGCCCAUCUAUGAGAAGGCCAAGCAACGGGCGCUGGAACGCGAGCAGAAGAUGAGCAAAAAAGGAAUCCAAUUAGCCAGCAUUUCAUUUACUAACGUUCGAUACUAAUAAAAAGCAAUUGCAAAUUGCCGUACGCCGUAAUAAUUCAAAAUUAUAUUCUUAUCGCUAUAUUUAAGUAACUCAAAUCAAAUGAAAUCUUUGUAGCAAGGAGGCAACUGCCUUGUAUUGUACUUUACUUCUCUUUUGUAUCCAAAUCGCCUCUAAAUCGCUGCAAGUUUAUAAUCGUAUAUUACAAAAAAAAAAAAAAAAUAAA